AGGCCAGUAUGGUGCCUUACCUUGAGUAGGGGCGGGAGGAGAGGAGGAGCGGAGCGGAGCGGCAGAUAGGAAGGAUGGAGCGGGAAGAGGAGUCGGUGGAGUUCAAAAAGGACCUGGUCUCCAAACUGCUGCGUAUGCAUCUGGAAGAGAAGACUAGAGUCAGGGGUGAUGCCUUACUGCUUCUAAUGGAGCUGCUCAAAGUGUUUGUCCAUGAGACGGCUCACCGAGCAGCACGUCAGGCCCAGUCUGAAGAUGUGUCUGUGGUGAACAUAGAACAUGUAGAGAAGAUCCUGCCUCAGCUGCUGCUGGACUUCUAACCUGGACCCCCCGUGCCAUCCUUGUGUACUGGGCGGCCAUCCAAGAUUUCUCUACAGUCCAACAUGCCACUGAAGAAGCCACCAAGCCCGAUCCUAUUUUCUACAGGGCAUAGACGUGUAUAUUCAGUUAAAGGGGUACUCUGCUGCUCAACGCUGGAGUUGGCAGCUCGUGACGUCAUAGCCACGCCCCCUCCCAUAAACUUGCAUUGAGGGGACGGGGCAUUAUGUCAUGAGGGGGCGAGGCUAUGGCGUCACAAGCUGCCAACUCCAGCGUUCAUAACUGCUUGCUCCAAACGCUGAGCAGCGGAGUACCCCUUUAAGAACAAGGCAUGGGCAGAGGUGAAAAAGCUUUUCAAGAAAAACCCUUAACCAAGUGUCGUUCCAAUUUUCUGGAAACCGCAAACCUUUGAAAUGUAUCUAUUAAACCUGACAGCCAAAAGCUAAUACCUUGUCAUAAGUUUUCCCAGCUCCUCACAAACACCACCCUGGAUCUAGUUAAUAAACACACCAUUACUGUG